CACGGGGUAGUGGUACUAUUUGGGCUACAAAAAAACAUUUAUUACAAAUGUCUUGUUAACGGAAUGGAAUAGCUAAUAGAGAAACCUCUAGUCCUCUCCACUGCCUGCUCAAUCUCUUUUGGCAAUGGCGCCCAUUGAUCCCCAUUCCUUCACCGACUCCGCCCACCCUCUCACCACUCACGUCUCCCUUACUCUCUACUUCGACUUCCCGUCCUCCACCAUCUCCGCCGCCACGCUUCUCUCUCUCGCCGCCCCUUAUUCCGGACCCCUCACCCUCGACACCCGCUCCCUUUCCGUCUCCGCCGUCCUCGACCCGCUCUCCCUUUCUCGGAUUCCAUUCUCCCUCUCCCCUUCGCCGCCUGACUCUGUCCUCGGCCAAUCUCUCAACUUCUCGCUCUCCAACCAAUCGCAGGUUCUGAUUCUCUCGGAAACCGCCCCCUCCAGCUCCGCCCUUCAGUGGCUGUCUCCUCCCCAGACGUUUAACAAAUCCCACCCUUUUGUUUACACGCAAUGCCAGUCCAUCCACGCCAGGUCCAUUUUCCCUUGCCAGGACACUCCGGCCGCGAGAAUCAAAUACUCCGCGAAAUUGAACAUCCCGCGCCAGCUGUCCGCCGUGAUGUCCGCGAAGCACGUGGAGAGACGGCCGCCCUCACCGGCAGAGGCAGGAGGAGUGUGUGAGGACGCGAUUUGGUGCGCAGAUGAUCGGGUCGUGGAGGAAUUUGUGAUGGAGCAGCCCAUUCCACCAUAUUUGUUUGCUUUCGCAGUUGGGGAAUUAGGGUUCAGGGAGGUUGGGCCAAGAACUAGGGUAUACUCAGAGGCAGCAAGUGAGUUGCUGGAUGCUGCCGCCAAAGAGUUCUCCCACACUGAGGAGAUGAUCAGGGUGGGAGAGAGGCUUUUCGGGCCGUAUGAUUGGGAGAGGUUUGAUUUGUUGGUGUUGCCUCCGAGUUUUCCGUACGGAGGAAUGGAGAAUCCGAGGAUGGUCUUCUUGACACCCACUGUUAUCAAGGGAGAUGCUAGUGGGGCACAGGUGGUGGCUCAUGAACUUGCCCAUAGCUGGACUGGAAAUUUGAUCACUAAUAAGAACAACAAUCACUUUUGGCUGAAUGAGGGGUUUACAACAUAUGCAGAGCGGAGGAUUGUGGAGGUAGUUCAAGGAGAUGACAAGGCAGCACUAAAUAUCGGUAUUGGGUGGAGGGGACUCAUCGAGGAAAUGGAAAGGUUUAAGGAUAACUUGGAGUUCACAAAGCUGAAAACCAACCAGGCAGGAGUUGACCCUGAUACAAUAUAUUCUCAAGUCCCAUACGAGAAAGGCUUCCAGUUCUUGUGGCGGAUUGAGAGACAGGUUGGAAGACCUGCUUUUGAUGAAUUCCUUAAAAAGUACAUUGCCACCUUCAAGUUUCAGUCAAUAGACACUGAUAUGUUUCUUGAUUUCCUGAAAGCAAAUAUCUCUGGAAUAGAGGAUGUGAUUGAUUUGAAGAUGUGGACUGAGGGUACGGGCAUACCCCCGGAUGCUAUGGAACCAGUCUCCGAGAUAUACUCGAAGAUUGUUUCUCUGGCUAAUGAAUUCAAACUAGGUAGGUUGCCAAGGGAGGAUGAAGUUGCUGACUGGCAGGGACAGGAAUGGGAGCUUUACCUCGACAACUUACCAAAAUCUGUUGAAGCUUCACAGGUGAGGGCUUUGGAUGCUAGUUAUCGGCUUUCAGAAUCAAGAAACCAUGAUGUGAGGGUUGGGUUUCUUAAGCUGGCAAUCUCAGCAAGGUGCAGAGAAUAUUACGGCAAGGUGGAGAAGACUCUGAAGGAAGUAGGGAGGAUGUUGUACCUUCGCCCGCUCUACACUGCAUUGGUGCAAUGCGGGGGAAAGGGAGACGAAGAAGAUAAGGUUUUUGCCACAAGGGUGUUUUCAGAGGCCUGUGAUAGUUAUCAUCCCAUAGCUAAGGGAGUUGUUGAGGCAAUUCUUGCUAAGUUUGUGGUAUGAUUUCUCAUCUGUGGAUUAUUGUUUCUUGUAAUACUCUUUCCCUCUGCCCCAAUUGAAAAUGUGUCCGGUUUGAUCAGGCGCAUUUUUUUAUAUUGAAGUUAACAUCUUAUGUUUGUGGGAUAGAGGAAUUAAUAUAUAUAACUUCUGCAGUUUUAUGGUUAUGGAU